AUGUCCCCAGCGAUGGUCUCCAACUCAUCGUGGAUUGCUUGGAGAUCGAUGAUCAACUGUUCCAGUUCGAUGCUACCUGAGACCAUCCAUGAUAUCACACGCACAGACCACAAACCAAGUAGAUGGACAAGAAUUCGACAAUUCUUCAACAACUAUUUUCGUUUUCUCCUCACCACAACUCUCAUUGCUUCGAUUCUUUCGAUGGAGGCAUACAAAGAGGGAGAACCAAAAAUAUCUUUAUACGAGACAAUGAAGGGAACAGUGUCGAAUGUAGGAUAUCCAACUCUGCUUGGGCUUGCGAUCGGAUUCGUUUUGGAGAGCUUGAAAGCGCACAUCUUCGACCGGUUCGAAAGUCCGUCUACACGUCAUGCACACUGCUACAUAGCCAUUUUCUUCUGGCUUGGAUCAGUCGGUUGCUCACUGGGGUAUGAAGAGUCGGUGGCGUGGUGGUUCCGGACCAUAUCUCUAGGAGUUUUGUGCUUCAAGUACGUCGAAGUCAUCGUUCCUCGGUUUGGCCGUUGGAACGUGACUGUACAAUUCUACUGUGCAGUUGCGACUCUAGUUGUGAUCGUCUCACUUUUCUAUUUCAUUGAGAACUCGAUCCCGUCUAUUACGCACUUUGAAGGUAAUUGGAGAUUCCUGAAGCCCAAGACGAUCUUCAUCAUUUUCAAGAACGUUUUUUUGCUACUGGCUACCCUCUCACAACAUUUGCUGACAACUGAAUCAUUUGAUUUGGAGCAAAUAACGGAGGAAGAACAAAGAAGAAAAGAGAUAGCAAGAGAAACAAUGAUCAGAAAUAGAACAUUGAAGGAAAUUGAGGAUUCGAGAAGACAAGCUGAGGAGCAAGCCGCCGAGCAACAGAGAGAAAUCCAAGACCCAAUACAGCCAGGAGUUGCUUCGCCACGAGAAGAACAAGAUGGUGGUCUCAGACAACGUCGAGUAGUCUCACAAUAA